AUGCGUUCUACAUUCGCUAUCACACUGCUCGCUAGCGUUGUAUCAACAAAAGGCCUUCUAGGUCUCCCACUCGAUAUCGGCGCAUUGCUAUCUUCACUCGGUCCAGCACCCGCAAACGACCCUCGGUGGACAGACUUCCAUCCCGCAGGAACUGGCGAUGUACGUUCUCCCUGCCCUGGCCUCAACGCCCUAGCAAACCACAACUUCAUCCAUCGCAACGGCCGUAACAUGACAAUCCCCCACCUAAUCGCCGGCCUGGCCGCCGGCCUCAACAUGGGCGCCGACUUCACCGUCGUCGUAGGCGGCGCUGGACUCCUCGCAUCACCCAACCCACUCGGCGGCUCCUUUGACCUCGACGAUCUGAACAUGCACAAUUUCCCUAUUGAACACGACGCCAGCAUGUCGCGUCAAGACGCCGCCUUGGGAAAUCCUCAACCUUUUUACAACCCAAACUGGCAACAGUACAUUUCCUUCUUCGCGAACCGCGACCGCACCGAUGUGCCUACGGCGUCGAAAGCUAAAUUCGCGCGGACAACGGACAGUAAGGAGAAGAAUCCGCAGUUUACGUACGGGCUGAGGGAGGCGGUAUUUAGUUAUGGCGAGAAUGCUCUUUAUCUGCAGACUAUGGGGUCGGAUCCCGUGUCAGGCAAGGCCAAAGUAGAGUAUGUGAGGAGUUUGUUUGAGCAGGAGAAGCUGCCGUUUGCAUUGGGGUGGAGACCCAGUGUGUUGCCGAUUACGCUGCCGAGUAUUGGGGCAAUGGUUGCAGAGUUGUUUACUGUUGGGCCGGAACCAGUGCCCGAGGGAGCAAAGAUUCUGGCGGAUUCGUACAAAGAUGCGCUGUUUGCGGUGGACGACUACAUCCAUUUCGUAGGACACUUCCUCCUAUGGCAUCGUUAUUUUGUCGCCACAUACGAAAAAGCUCUUCGUGAGGAGUGUGGCUAUAUUGGCGGUCAGCCGUACUGGGACUACUCGUUGGAUGCCGAGCCGCACAACAAUCAAUCUACCCGUAUCUACGACUCUGAGGUCUUCCAACCCGAUACAAAUUUUGGUGGCAAUGGUAACAAGAUUGUACCUACACCUGAUCAGAACGCUUUCGGUUUUCCUGAGGGAACUGGUGGUGGCUGCGUCCAAAAUGGACCUUUCGUAACCUCCAAAUUUAUGGUCAACUAUCCUGGUCCACCGGACUGCCUACGUCGCGACUUCAUCCCCACUCACAGAUUACACGACUUCGACCGCUUGAUGCAAGGUUCAACGACAGAUUUUGCCCCCAAUAUCCACGGCAGUGGUCAUUUCGGCAUCGGUGGUGUAUUAGGACAGGCGGGCAACGCUGCAAAAUCUCCUACGGAGCCCCUCUUCCACCUCCACCACGGCAACCUAGAUCGCAAGUUUUGGCAGUGGCGGCAGCUAGAUUUGAAGACUCGUCUCCACCAGGUUCGUAACGUCCCUGUUGGUGGACCUAUUGUCCCGUUUGAUUACAGCGGCACAAACGUUACGUUGGACUUUGAGGUCAAUAUUGGAAAGUUGGCGCCCAGCAGGAAAUUGAAGGAUCUGCUGAACACUGAGGCUGGUCCAUUUUGCUACAUUUACUAA